AAAGUUAUAAAAUCGCUGACGACCACCUUGGUCAGCUCCCUUGACGCUCAUGAUGGGCACAUUCAAUAUUUUGACGGGAAAUACGUCCUCUAUGGCACUUCUUAUGACUGCGGGUUUCGGUGGAUGAAUCCAGUUCCGACCUCUGAAAACAGCUUCUGCGGGAUUAAAGUAUACACUAGCCCAGAUCUGGUGUCUUGGUCAUAUGAAGGCUAUGCGUACGACAAAGAAAAAUACCCAAACCCAGCUUUCCGUCCUAAAGUCGAGUACCGAAACGCUUAUGGGCACACGCUGGGAAGUGUUGGAGACUUUGCUGUCCAACAAGACGAAAAUUCCACGGUCUGGAUAGCAUACUCGUCUAACUUCUUUGGCAACGCCACGCUUGAAAAGAUGACAGACGACUGGCUGAACGGAUCAGGCAUCGCCUCGGCCAUCCCCGUCACGUUUGUUGAAGCGCAUGGGAUGACUGUUGUCGAUAAUGAAUGGUAUUGGACAUUUGGAUCACUGUGCGGCUAUUGUAACUCAACCGACACAUCCUUUGUGACGGCAAGUUCACCUUUUGGACCGUGGAGUGAGCGACAGUACAUCUCAGAAGAUAGCUGUGGUGGCCAGUCGAGCUUCCUGACUCAGGUACCCAACCCGUCAGGCGGAUACCAAGUCAUUUAUGGCUCUGAUCUAUGGCUCGAUGGGAGCACGAAUCAAGCAAGAGCGGCGCUGCAUCUGGAACCCGUCAGUGUCGGAAAUGGAACGAUCGGAAACUUGACCUGCCCAGACUCCUUCGACCUAGACAUUGUCGUGGGCAAUGAGACGUCUUCUUCCAGUAUCGAUGCUACAUCAGGCAUGACCGGCUUCGACUAUGCUUGCGAUCUCCCACCGUCGUACAAUUUGCAGAGUGGGGCCCGCAUACAAGCGUGGACCGUCGGCCGAUCCGGAAACCUGUCGGAGGUCGGCUUCAGCAUUGGACAACACAACUCCGAUGGGUCCCUCUCAGUGCAGCUGUUCUCCUUCCAGAAUGACAGUGACCUCUUCGGCUCCGCUGAUUAUGCUGUUGCGAUAAGUCCGCCGCAAGGAUUUUUCCUUUUUCCAAACAACACCAUGAAUAACUGGAAUUGGCUUGCAAACGACACAUUCCUGGCUACGAAUACGAGUUGGGCGCUCCAAAAUUAUGUUCUUCGACCCAACGUUACGGUUCAAGCGGGAGAUCGCCUGGCACUUAUCCUCAGACCUAGAGGCACCCUGUCACCUUACUGUUAUGCAUGCAAGAAUGCCACUGGAAAGGAGGGUCAUUUGGGCCUCGUUCGUCAGGGCGGAGCAGCUAUAAACCCUACCAGUUCGCCGGCGGUUUGGCUUGAAGAUGGAAAAGAAUUGAAGUUCUAUACGGUGGUCGAAUAA